GGCAGUUUUUGAACUGCCUGUUUUAAAUGAACUCUGCUAUGUAUUACAUAAAUCAAGCAAGCUCAGUCAACAACAAAAAAGAUGCGUUUGGGUGUCUCUGUGACAUUGUGAAAAUAGCAUGAUCAGGCUGAAUUGGCACACGCUGUUGCAAGUGUCAUGAACUUCCAGCUUUACAACCUGCCAAGUUUUAGUGCCUGCUACCAAACUUCUAGCCAUAGCAGCAACAUCUUGUGAACUGAUCCAUAAGCCAGCAUGUAGCCCAAUGAGAACAUUUUCCGUAACUCCUAUAUUUAGCAAAAAGGAUGAAGACUGUGAUAAAGGUAAUCCAUGGAACAAAAAGGAUACUCAUAAAAAUGGAAUGAAGGUAACAUGUCAACAGAUAAAAAAGUCUUUUGGGAAAAGAAAUGAGAAGUUAUGCUGUCCAAAAUGUGGAAGUCAAAGUAUGCUCAUGGAGGCCAUCACGUAUUCCACACCAUUUGUAAAGUGCAAAAACUGCCAACACUUUUUUUUGAUGGUGAAAUCAAAGAAAUCUCCUGCAAACAGCUACAAAGAUGUGGAAUUGUUGUACACAACUGAUAAAAAUGAAUGUCAAAUGAAUCUGCCGACACCAAAGGAAAUCCAUAGAUUUUUGGAUCAAUAUGUUGUUGGUCAACAUGAAGCUAAGAAAGUUCUGUCAGUGGCUGUCUACAAUCACUACAAACGACUUAACAACAACAUUCCAUCUGAAAUCACACAGCACACUGAUGUGUAUGGUAAUAGAUAUGCCAGCUCACCUAAAGAACUGCUUCAAUUAACAGGAUUGAUUUCACCCUCAUCUUAUUUAUCGCAACAUUCACUAUCAAGGAAAGGUUUCCGCAAGAAUUUUGACUCUGAUCAUGACUCUGUUCAUCUAGACAAAAGUAAUAUCAUACUGCUUGGUCCCACUGGCUCAGGGAAAACAUUGUUGGCUCAGACUUUAGCCAAGUGCUUGGAUGUACCAUUUGCUAUCUGUGACUGUACUUGUCUAACACAAGCUGGAUAUGUUGGUGAAGAUAUUGAAUCAGUUAUUGCUAAGUUACUGCAGAAUGCAAACUUCAGUGUUGCAAGAGCUCAACAAGGAAUUGUGUUUCUUGAUGAAAUGGAUAAGAUUGGAGCAGUUCCAGGAAUACACCAGCUUCGUGAUGUAGGAGGAGAAGGUGUGCAGCAAGGUUUGUUGAAAAUCAUGGAAGGAACGAUCGUAAAUGUCCCAGAAAAGAGCUCCAAGAGAUAUCGUACAGAUACCAUUCCAGUAGACACUGCCAACAUUCUCUUUGUUGGUUCAGGCGCUUUUAAUGGACUAGACAGAGUAAUCAGCAGGAGGAAAAAUGAAAAGUACCUAGGAUUUGGUGCAACAUCUAGCCUGGGCACUGGCCGUCGAGCUGUGGCAGCAUCUGGCUUGGCUAAUUCCUCAGGAGUGAAUGCACAAGAAGAGUCCCAAGAGAGAGACAAAUUGCUUCGUAGUGUAGAAGCUAGAGACCUGAUAGAAUAUGGAAUGAUUCCAGAAUUUAUAGGACGAUUUCCUGUGGUUCUUGCACUACAUAGCUUAAAUGAGGACAUGUUGGUUCGUAUUCUGACAGAACCACAAAACGCAAUAAUAACGCAGUACAAAAUGCUGUUUGACAUGGAUAAGUGUCACUUUUCUAUUACGGAUGCAGCUGUGCGUGCUAUUGCACGUAAAGCAAUUGAAAAGAAUACAGGGGCCAGAGGAUUGAGGUCAAUCAUGGAACAAUUACUGAUGGAACCUAUGUACGAGAUUCCGAACUCAGAUAUUGUAGGCUUUCAAGUGGAUAAGGAUGUUGUUGAGGGUAAGAAGGGUCCCCAGUAUGUUAGAACACCAACAAAUGUCGAUGACAACCACAAGUUUAGUAGCCACGAUCAUGGCUGGAUUAAAAGAAUUGACACCAACAAAUGAUCAGCCACAUACUGAAUAUUGCUUGGGUACAAUAAAAAAAUACUGUUUUGGAGGCUGAGCUGAAACAAGAAAAGCUCAUUAGUGAUCAAUAAAUGCGAGAUGUUGGCACAUAGCAGCUGUUCUUAAUUUAUUUAAUCUGGGAUGGGCAUGAAUGGUGUUGUAUAUAAAGUACUACAAGCUACCUUUAAUUCCGUUACUUAAGAAAACCCACAACCAAAUACUAAAAUAAUUACUUAAACGUUAUUGCAUGUAACAACCAAAAUAAGGCACCCCAAGUAAGCAAGUUAAGCCUUACAACCCAACUUAAUAUUAACCAAUUAAUGGUGGAAUUUAGCUAUGAUUCCAACCAGCAGCAUCUGUUCUGAAUGUCCAGGGUUUGAUCCUUGUGCAGUGUUGCUUUACAGAGUUCUGCUGCUGAAGAAUCCUUAUGUUGAAUUUUUACUGCAUUUUAUGUCUUAUUAAGUUUGGGGUGUGAUGUUAUUUAUGAUACUUCUGAAGUCACUGAGUCUGUAGCUUACUUUCUUAUCAGGAGUAGCUUCUCUCUUCUUUGUCACAUUCAAUGUUAGCUGUCUGUUCACUUCUUGUGUAAGCAAUUUUAAUUGCUCGUUUGUCACAGGCAAAUAGUUAUCAAGCAACUGUUAAAACAGAUUGUUUCUGUAGCUUAACUCCUUAUUUUCCCAGGAAUGACUAAUUGCUUUCAGUUCUUUUAUAAUAGUUUGCCCUUGCCCUUUUAUUUCAGGGAACAGUUUAUUCUAGAAACAGUUAUUGCUGAUACUUUCAAUCCACAAACAGUUAUUAAAGUUCUUAAGUUUACAGUAUCACAAGGGGGGAGGGGGUGAUGAAUAAUAAUGAUAAACCUUCCACCUUCCUCAAAAAUAAUAGUCAAGCAUUUCUCCUCUGUAUCUGCCAAGAGUAAUAAAACAACAUUUUAUUGAUGUACUUUUAUUGGCAAAUAAGCCAAUAAAAUAUUAUUUAAGAUAGAUUACUUCCAAUGUUCAAAACUGUACAACAAAUCAGUUUAUUUUUCAUGACACCAUAUAUGAAUUGUAAGUGAAAUUAUUUUGGUUUAUUAUUGUAUCUUUGGCACCAUGUUUAAACAGAAGCAUAAUUCUAUAUUAGGAGCAAUCUCAAACAAUAUGAUGCUGCGACCCCAAGCAAAUAUUUUAAAAAUGUGUUUACAAACAUUGAUUGUGUUAAUAUAUUUCAUUGUAUUAAAUGUGCAAUGGCAUUAUGGUAAAAACAAAAUAAACAUCUAGU